UGUCAGAUUGUACAAGAGAAAGUACAAGUUAACUCAACAUGGUUUUGUGGGAUUACAUAUCAUUGCAUACUGCUUUAUUCCUCAUACAAACAUGAUGGCAGAUGAAGCUGUAACUUUGCGAGCUUAUGAUUUCUACCUUGGUUGGCUUGGAAAUGAAAGAAUUCUUGGAAGUUCAUUGGAUCCUUUGAAUCUUCUGAAAAGCUUUACUGGUCCAGUGCCUGCACUACCUACGCGUAUGCCGGAGAAUGUAAAUCCGAGAUUAAGGACGUCGUGUUUCCCCCAGUGCAAGGAGAAGUAUGACCUUGAGUUGGCAAAACUUGUAUCUGAGUUUGAGAAUUCAUCAUCUGAAGCUAAAUUGGAAUCUCCUCGACCUCAGUUGCCUCAGUGGUUGCAAAGUGCUAAGCUAAAGAAUGAUAGUAAUGUAACUUCUUUGUCGCAGAUUAAGGAUCAAGGUUUUUUGCAGCAGAAAACUCAAGAACUACAAAAGAAGUGGAACAAUGCAUGCUUGCAACUUCAGCCUAAUUUCCAGAAUAAUGUUGGUCCUUAAAGAACCGUACCACCUGUUCUCUAUGCCAGGCUUGUACAAUCUGAACCUGCUUUUGCAUCAACCUUUACAACCCAAGCUCGUUCCGAGUAGAAGCCUUGGAGUGUGCCUGCAACUGACAUGUGGAGGAACUGAAGUUGAAGCAGUAACAGUAUAUAAAUGGCUCGUUCCACUCUGGAUGAGAUGUCAGCAAGUUCAAACUAUUUUGGAAAUACACAGUUCUGGGAAUUGCCGACAUUAUGGCAGUAUUACAAACAGAAGGUGGUCUACUUCGUGGAGAGCACAAUCUCUUGGGUGAAGCCUUCCUAAUUAUGGCUUCUGCUGUCGGGGUUCAGCAACAACUAGAAGUUUUGGCCUGGUUACUUGAACUGCUAGUCUUCUGCUUCUUGUCAGGCAGCGAGGGAUGAAAGGUGUGAUUCUGUACAUGCACCUUUUUUAAAGGGACGAAAAAAGGCAGUGGGGGGUGAAAGAUGGGAACACUGGUAUGUAACUUUGAGUUUGGCUCACCAGAUAAAAGCAAAUUCUGGCAAGUCUCUUCACUCUAAAAUUCUUAAUCCAGAAGGUACUAACUUACUAUAUUUCUUUACUUUCUAGUUUUACAAAUGCUUUAGUUUUUCCAUUUUUGAAUAGAGGUAGUGUUCCCUUUUUGUCUAUCAGUUAUCACAGAGAGUUCUCCUAAGGAGAGGGAUGCUCUCAGGAUUGGAAUUAUCUCUGCGUGAAGUUCUAUUUCAGAUAAGCAGGUUAUGUAAAAGUACCAUCUAGUAAUAGGUUAAUAUAUAGUUUUAUGCAAGCCAAGAACUUAACCAUCAGUUCAUUUGAAAUAUUUUAAUCUUUUCAUUGUGAGAGGUAAUUGUGAAUAACUGUUUCAUUAUGUAAAAAAUCUAUGACCAUUGUUGUAUAAGGGGGAAAAGAGUAAAAAGGUGAAUAUAUGUUUAAUCAUGUAGC